AUGACGUUACGACUAAAGAACACCAACUAUUUAGUCAAGCAGCCGCUGAACCCUUUUCUAACUAUGUUGUUCCCAGAUAUUCAACACAACACUACGCGUUUCCCCUCUAUCCAGAACUCUGGGGGGGGGGCAGAGGGGGGAGGCGUUCCCAGUCUGAAGCAGAGCUCAGUCCGGCCCAUUAAACCGGCCUCAGUGUGGAGAGAAAAGCGCACCGAGGCACAUCCAGGCUUACGCACGCCAAAAGAUGGUCUCCGCAGAAAAGAUCUCCCGCUGCGUCUGCCUUUGUUCGGCUGCCGCAUCUCCGCUUUCACCUCCAACAUGGAGCGCUCAGAGAAGGAGCACAGGUCGGAUGACGAGGCUGAAUACGAGGACGAAGAGGUGGACCCCAGAAUACAGGGAGAGCUGGAGAAACUCAACCAGUCCACCGACGACAUCAAUAGAUGUGAGACGGAGCUUGAGGAUGCAAGGCAGAAGUUCCGCUCGGUCCUGGUGGAGGCCACAGUGAAGCUGGACGAACUGGUCAAGAAGAUUGGCAAGCCUGUGGAGGAGUCCAAGCCUUACUGGGAGGCUCGCAGAUUGGCCCGACAGCUGAAGAAAAACGGAGUCUUGUUUGUUCCUCAGGCUCAGCUGGAGGCCCAGACAGCCACCCAAGACUUCCAGAGAGCCACCGAAGUUCUCCGGGCAGCGAAGGAAACCAUCUCUCUGGCUGAACAGAGGCUGUUGGAGGAGGACUACCGGCAGUUUGACUCUGCCUGGCAGGAAAUGCUGAACCACGCCACACAGCGGGUGAUGGAGGCAGAGAACACAAAGACGAAAAGCGAGCUUUUACACAAGGAGACGGCCGCCAAAUAUACAGCCGCCAUCAGCCGGAUGAAGCAGCUGGAGAAGAAACUAAAACGUACCAUCAACAAGUCAAAGCCUUACUUUGAGACGAAGGCAAAGUACUACCUGCAGCUGGAGAACCUGAAGAAGAACGUGGACGAGCGGCAGGCCAAACUGUCCCAGGCAAAAAGCGACUACAAGACGGCGCUGAGGAACCUGGAGAUGAUCUCGGAUGAAAUCCACGAGCGCCGCAGGAACUCCGCCAUGGGCCCCCGGGGCUCCGGCGUGGGUGCAGAGGGGGACAGCGUUUCAGGGGACGACAUCUCCAGCUUUAAGAUGGAGUCAGACGGAAUAUCCAUGGCGUCGGUGUGUUUUGACGACGAGCCGUGUGGAGGAGGCAGCCUCAUGUCAGAGGAGGACUCCGAAACGCACUCGACCAGCAGCCUGGGCUCCUCCCCCAGCAGCCCUCAGGAGCUGCUGUCCUCCUGCCCCUUCGCCAGCUCCACCUCCUCCGGCGUGUCCUCCUCCGGGUCUCCGUCACCGACGCCGUCCUCCACCUCCUCCACCUCCUCUCCGGCUCUCCUGUCCAGGCCCUGCAGUCUGGACCUCCCCAGCACCGUGUCGCUGUCCGACUUCGGCCUCAUCUCGCCCGUGCUGGGCCCCCGGAGCGAGUGCAGCGGGGCGUCCUCACCCGAGUGCGACCUGGAAAGAGGCGACCGCGCUGAAGGCGCAGAAGGGGAUCUGGACAACGUUCCAGCUGCAAACAACAACAACACUUCCGCUUCCCUCACCAAGAGGAGCUUCAGCCUGGAGGCCCGCUUCAGCUUCCUGAACCUGCGGCGCCCCCGGGCCAACAACGCCAAAACCACAGACAGCUUUUCCCAGAAGCCGGAGCCGGGACAGACGGUGGUCCUGGUCAAAGGGGUCUGA